GGCAUUAGCAUCUGAAAGUCACAACCAGUGAGUACAACCCCUUGCACAGUCUUGCCAAAUUCUUGAGCGAGCCAUUCGGGAAUGAUGGGAUGCCAGAGAUGGGCCCGUGGAUCGCGCUCCAACUGAUCACAUAACCGAGCAAUAACACUUCACCUCUUGAUGAGGGCAUUGGUCGUGUGACAAGGAGACCCUCACAGAAUUGGGAGAAACCGUGCUCACAAAUAAUCAAUCAAAUUUUUCAUCUCUCGGCAAUCGAGAAAAGCGCAUCGGCAAGCAACUUGGCGACGAAGCCAAACGUCCCUUGAAGAAGAAGACAGGCCCGAGUCAUCAGUCCCAUUGCUUUUGAAAAACUGCGAGCAGUAAAGAGGAGCGUGCCCACCUCCAAUCUUGGGCAAGCACCAUUGCAAACGUUCCGAGAUUAUCUUAUUCCCAUCCAUUAUCUAUCUACCCAUCAAUCUACUACUAUACCCACCUUAUCACAAAACCAAAAGAAACAAACAUACCCCAGAGCUACCAAUUGAUUAAGUUGAAGCAAGGGUAUCUGAAUCUCCAGAAAGACAAGACAAGACAAGCACUUCUGAGGAAGAAGAUUUGACCAUGACAAUGACAAUAAUGAUUUCCAAACUGAUAUUAUUACUCCUGCUACCCGUGCUUGCAACGGGCGUACGACCCCACACUCUUUGGUUCUUUGGAAAUAGCUACACCAAGAAUCAGGGAAUGGUGGGAAUGGCCCGAUGUUUCUAUACCCUCGAAACCCAACGAUUAGAUCCUCCCGUUCUGACGGUCCAUACUCCCGCCUACACUCCCGGCGGUGCUACCCUACAGAAUCACAUUGCCUAUCUCCGCGAUGAUCCCAAUGCUCCCUUUUUCGACAAUCCCGACGAAAUUUAUCCCUGGGUCCUCUUGCAAGAACAGAGCAUUUACCCGUCCAUUCCAGCAUACCUCCAGGAUUCCAUUCGAGCGGCCAAUGAUUUGAGUUUCUUCUUUUGGCUACGACCCGUACAGGAUGUCAUGUUCAUCAUGACAUGGGGCGGUAGGGGUGGACAUAUUGAUAGUCAAGUGAAUUAUCCCUCGUUUUUGGCCCACAACGAUGCGCUCUUUGAGGGAUACCGGCAAAUGGUCCAAACCACAUCCACAAACCACGUCCCAAGGUACAUGGCACCCUGUGGAUUGACAUUUGCUACCAUUCACAAUGAUUGUGUGGAUGCUGGACUCGAUCCACAAGAUCCGGAAGUCUGCCUCUUUGCCAGACUCUACGUCAAUGAUGGUCGUCACCCUUCUCGUAUUGGUGCCUACGCUUGCGCUGCCACCAUCGGGGCAUCCAUGACUGGUAUUCACCCAGAUACUACCACUUGCCUCCCCCGUCAAGGUGAUGGCAUUAACGAGGAGGAGGCAUACGUGGUCCGAAUGGCAGUGGAAAAAACCAUUCGAGAGACUUUUGAAUCCGGAUUGAUCAAUUACAAAUUCGACACUAUUUGGCCGGCACCAGAUGCCACGGCUCCGACUGUUCCUGCUACUCAACCACCCGUCCCGGCUGUCACAAUGCCACCCGCUGCCAGCAAUGGCAAUGGACCCCCGGACGAAACACCAGGCAAUGGACCUCCAGAACCAGUGCCGGGCAUUGGACCCCCGGAAUCAAUAACAGGCGACGAAGAAGUACCAGACUGCUGGGCUUUGCCACCACCCGCUGAUGGGUCUUGUCUUCCUGCAAACCCGUCGACUAUUGAUGAUGGGAUGCCCGAUGCCUAUAGAGGAUGGUAUUCUUUGAACAAUGAUGGUUGCUGUCAAGACUUCUGUCGUUGGAAUGGGUAUAGUGGUCCCGGAGGGGACCCAUCCAUUCAAACUACACAUGAGAACUCAUUUUGGGCUUGCCGACCAGCGGGGUACUCCACCUGUACCUACUGGAGAAACUAUUUGACUCCUUUCACUGCUACAAGGUGCCUAGCGCAGGGUGUUCCGGCGGUGGGAACCGUGGCGCCCACCGAGGCGGGUACUGCAGCAGUCACCACAGUGGGUACCGUGGCGGGCACCCCAGCGGGUACCGUUGCGGGCACCCCAACAGGAACCGCGGGAGCCACGACCGGCGGUGGUGAUUUGGGCACUCCUGCGUUUACCAGCAGUCCAUCGGCUGAUAUUGGGACCGACGUGGAGAAGAAGUCGGAAAGUUCCGAGGAGAGCUCUGCGAAAUUUGAACAGUAUCAGCAUUCCCGACACGACGAGGAGGCGGAGGGAGGCGAAGCAAUUUAUUUGUUGGAGAGUUCGGCUGCCAACGCAGGUUUUGCGUGGAGCUUGGCAAGUCGAGCACUGGUUGUGGCGGCAUCCGUGUUCCUGAUGGCAUGACGGUGACGAGGUGAGGACGAGGGAUUUUUCUUCCUGCAGACAAAUCAACUCCUGCUGUUUCCAUACAAUCCACACAAGCCGAAAAGUACAUAUGUUAGAUAUUGAAGACAAUUAGAUGAGUUAGCUAUGCACAAAACUGGGUAUCUUUUUUGUCUUUUGGGAGCAAUUACCUAUUGCAUAAAACUGGGUACAAUAUCUGUUUCCCUCUGGUGCCU